UGAAACAGAAAACAAAACAAUUCUGACUGUUCUUUAUUUCAGGUCAUGGGAGACUUUCUUAAUUUCUAUCUUUUGUCUUUCUGUGGCUAUUAUCAAGUAGAAGUCAACCUGUCUUUUUCAAGUAGUCUCCUAUGAUCCUUCCUAGAGGAAGAUAGAGAGCUUCCUAGAACUAACACUCUUUCAUGUUUCCUUGAUAUAGCUCUCUAACAAGGUUGGGGGUUUGCAUGCCCAAUUGCACCUUUGUUUGUUGAUGCAAGAAGCAUGUAGCAGGUGUUUAUUCCGGCUUCAACUGGUGGAUUGUGGUCGUAGGUGAAAGCAUUGUAGAUAUCUUAUACCAAAUCUCUUUGGGAGGAUGGGUAAUUCCAAAUCUACUAAGAGAGACAAGCCUGCCCUGGAUAUAGUAGCAUGUUCUUCCGAGAGUAAGACUGCAGAUGGGGCACUUCAGUUACUUGAGGGAAGGAUGGAUAGAAUGGACGCGGAAGUUCAGUCACUUCGGAGAAACUUAAACGCACUAUAUGCAGAACAACUUUAUUUUGAGAAAAGUGCAGAUGAAGUAAUCAGCACUUAUUCUAAUAAUGUUCUGUUAAUCAUGUUGUUUCAUGGCCUUGGUUCCGUCUUUCUCCAAGUCAAUUAUCCCUACUCCGGGGCUGGGGUCUCAGUUGUGAUGGUAGUGUCGUUCUUCUCUGCAUUCAUGGUUGCUUAUAUGGUGACCCUUAACAAAAUUGAGAGGAUGUCUGAAUUUGAGAAGAAUCUUCAGAGGUGGCAGAGGGAGUUGCAAAAUGAGGUCACGUAUUUUGGAGCUAAAAUUGAGGCGUCUUGUUCUGAUCGAGAACUUGAAAAGUUGGCUAUCAAAGGAGCUCUUAGAGGAGUUUUGGACAGUAUUGCUUCACUGAGAAAGGGUGCUGUUGCCUUGCAGGAAGACAUAACUAAAAUUCUUGAGUUAUCUAACUCGAAGAACAUUCGAUUGAAGUCACUCUCACAGGUUGCAGUUGGUGCAAUUAUUUAUGGGCUAUGUUUUCCUACAAUUGCGCACAACUUUCUAUGUCUUGUGGGCUUCAGGAGGGCUGGACCCCUCAGCACGAUGCAGCAGUACUAAAGAAAGAAAAAAAAUGGCUAUCUUGUGAGAGAUGGUUUGAUUUUCAUUGUAAGUUGUAUUUUCAACCUAUUACCGUGUGGUAGAUUGUAAUGCUAUGGCCUAAGAGCCAUGUUAAGUACUCAAAUGGUUGAGAAACUAUGUAUGCUACUAGAUUUAUCGUGUCGAUAUUGAAGUGCCAAGAGAGAACUACUGAGUUCUUUGCUCAUUGUGCAA